GACACACGAAGGAUCAGGCUUUUCCAGAUCCGCAGUGGGACAGGAACCCCCAUGCUCCAGACUCGGCCCAGCCGAGGAAAAAGAACAGUUGUGUUUGCCUCUUUUUCUGGUUCUUCCCUGACUUGUUGUUCUGGGCUUUUCCUCCACCACCGGGUUCCCCCUCACUGUCCCCUCAGCCGCACACUCAGAGCCUGGAGACGCUGAACCUGGGCCACAACCCCAUUGGGAACGAGGGUGUGCGCAACCUGAAGAAUGGGCUCAUCAGCAACCGCAGCGUGCUGCGCCUCGGCCUGGCCUCCACCAAGCUCACGUGCGAGGGCGCGGUGGCGGUGGCGGAGUUCAUUGCCGAGAGCCCCCGCCUCCUGAGGCUGGACCUGCGGGAGAACGAGAUCAAGACUGGCGGGCUCAUGGCGCUGUCCUUGGCCCUCAAGGUGAACCACUCCCUGCUGCGCCUGGACCUUGACCGCGAGCCCAAGAAGGAGGCGGUGAGCGGGCUCCCCUCUGGCCCCCGGGCUGGCGUGGCAGGGGAGGUGGCUCUGCCGGGGCCAUGCAGCUGGGCAGGCCAGGCACCACUGCGAGGGCCCCCGAGACCCCUAGCCAGGCCCACCCCGCCCACAGGUAAAGAGCUUCAUCGAGACGCAGAAGGCCCUGCUUGCCGAGAUCCAGAACGGCUGCAAGCGCAACUUC